CGCAUUAUACAUAUUUGAUAAGUCGACGAUGCUCGUUCUUUUAUUAUGAAAUAAUUUAUAAAUCAUCAUAUAUGUGAGAUCAUGAUUUCCAAACUGUUACGUACAAACGUGCUCGCUAUCCGAUGCAUAAAGAAUCUCGUACUCGUGGGUAUGGGACCCACACUCUACAUCUUCCAACAUUCCAAGUUUGGGGAAAAUUAUGAAUUGAGAGAUAAAUUGGAUUGUUUAUAUCCAAAUAAUAUACAUGGCAUCGUAGUGGGACCAAAUAAUAAAUUAGCUGUAUUUGGUGCCAAUUCUAUAUGUAUCUGUGACAUUAAUAAUCAAAGAGGAGAAGUGACAUUUGAAAAUCAAAGCACUGAUCAAUUGAAUGACUGGAUAAUUGCUGCAGAGUGGAUAUCUGUUAGGGAACAAAUGCAAUUGGCAAUUCUAUUUGCCCAUAAUUAUUUAUGCUUAUACAAUAUAUUUGAAAAAUCUUUUCAAGAUAUACGUUGUAAAGAAAAAUGCAUACUCUAUGGUGGAUCUAUAUCAGGAACUUCUCAGGAGAAUUUAGUCAUUUUUAGUGGAACAGUAUUUCAAGAAAUUUUAAUAUGGAAAAUAGACAACAACUAUGAUAUUAAUGAAAGAAUGCCAGUUUUGCAUCGCUUAAUAGGACACAAGGGUGUGAUUUUCUCUGUUAUUUAUGAUUCAUAUUCACGGCUUAUUUGUUCUACAUCCGAUGAUAGAAGCGUCAGAUUUUGGAGAGUAAUAAAAAAUAAUAAUUCUGAAAGCAAUAAUUUAAAUUGGAAGACAGUUAAAAUAAUCCCAGUAAAAACAAUGUUUGUGCACGCAGCAAGAGUUUGGAAAGCUAUAAUCAGAGAUGAUAUUGUUGUGACAAUAGGAGAGGACUCACUUAUAUGCACAUGGUCGCUCUCAGGUAAUUUAAUUAAUAAAGUCCAUCAUGGAGCACCUAUAUGGAGUAUUGAUAUAUCGAAAGAUAAUAAGAGAAUAUUUACGGGUGGAGCUGAUGGAUCUGUAUACAUGUGGCAAACCACAUGCCAUAUUAAUCCAAAAAUAAUUUCUCUGCCUAGUAAUGACAUGCAUAACAAUCCUAAAUGUAUAUCCUAUUUGAGGAAUGGCACACUAUUGGUCUUUAAUGAAAAUGGGAUGCUGUUUUGUUACGACAAAGAAAAAAUGUGUGCAAAAUAUUCUCUAUGUUCAGAAAUACAUCGCAGCUAUUAUAUCAUGCAAGUUUCUUCGAAUCGUUCCUUUGUUGCGUUUGCAUCUAGAGAAGGAUACAUAACGAUAUAUCGAGCGGAUUGUGUUAUCGGAUUUGUAUCUCGGAUUAUCGAAGAAAGAAUAAUGGAAUCACAGAUUUUUUCUUUGCACUGGUUGGGAUAUGCUAGCUUAAUAGCAUGUGGAGCAAAUGGUCUUUUGAAAAUAUUUACCUUUGCAAUUGAUGCUAAGAUUCAUAUGAAUGCACAGUUUGCAUUACCUCCCAGUAAAGAACGAUGGCUGACUGCAGCUACAAUUUACAAACAGUUGUUAAUAUGUGGAGAUAGAGCUGGAAAUAUUUAUGUAUACAAGUUGAAUGAGCAAGCAAAUAAAGAUAUUGAAAAACCUGUUCAAAUAUUCAAUAAAGUUCAUGGUAAAAUAGGAGUUCAGUCAUUUGCUAUGUGGGAAGAUAAGUUAAUGACAACUGGACGCGAUGGAAUGUUAAGAUUUUAUGAACUGAAUAAAGAUGAUACAAAGCCAUUAUUGAUGCUGCAUAGAAAAAAGAUGCCAAUAGACUGGAUCAGUGGAAUGUUAAAAUCAAUAGAUGGACACUGUACUUCUUUUAUAUUUGGCUUUAAAGAGGUGGAAUUUAUAAUAUAUAAUUUGUCAACUGAAAGCAUACUAAUCAGAGUUCCUUGUGGUGGUGGCCAUAGAUCGUGGGACUGUAUGAUGUUGGAUGAAACAACAAGUUUCAUUUAUAUUCAAAAUAAGCAGAUUUAUGUUUUUGAUUAUCCUCUAUCUUCAGCAUCUUUUCCCAUUUUACAGAAUGGUUUUCAUAUAAAGGAGACAUAUUGCUUGCAACAUAUUUCGAGACUCAAUCCUUUUAAACAAGAUAUUUUCAUAUCUGGUGGAGAAGAUUGCACUCUUCGUGUGAGCUCCAUUUGUGAAUCAUUUGAAGAUAAUUCCCAUAGUGUCUUUCAUAGUUUAGGAAACUUUGACGGUCAUCUUUCGGGCAUAAAAUGCAUAAGCAUCAUUAAAUUAAAAGAAAACGAUGAUUUAAACAGCAAAUAUUUAGUUUUUUCUGGUGGAGGAAGAGCACAAUUGAAAAUUUGGAAAAUAAGAUUUAAAGAUAAAGAGCGAAUAUUAUCAACUGAUUUAUCGUGCUCUGAUAUAAAGUCUCAUAUGCUCUAUGGACAAGAUCAAUUUCGCAGAAAACCUUGGCAGGAACCUAAACAAUCUUAUGUUACGGAACCAGAAACGCGUUACAUGGAUAUUUCCACACAUUAUUCUUCUGAAAAUGCAGAUCAUGUGUUAAUUUUUAUAGCUUGCGCAGAUGGAUACUUGAGAUUAUUUGUAUAUAGUAUCACAACCAAUGACGUAUAUUUGAAAGUAUCUAUUAAAUACAUAGACCGUUGUAUUUUAAAGAUGUACAUAUUAUUGCAUAAAUCCAAAGUAAUCGUAUUAACAAUGACUACUGAUGGAAUAUUACGUUUUUUCAAUUUUACCGAUAUAAUCUCGAGAAUAUAUGAAGAUGCAAAGAUCGAAAACCAAGAUAUCAUAGAUUUUAGUAACGAUCCUUUUGCAGAAUUUAGCUUGCAUCAAUCAGGAAUUAAUUCUUUCGAUUUAAAGCAUAUAGAUGAAGAUAGAUAUCUUUUGGUCACUGGUGGCGACGAUAAUCUUCUUAAUCUCGUUUGUUUUCAACUUUGCAUAUCGGAAAGCGAUGCAUUGUCAGCUGUAAUAUUGACCAAAUGGAAUACAGCAUCCGCACAUUCCGCACAAAUUACAGGCCUGAAAUUUAAAGACAAUGACCAGAUAUGUAGUGUGGGAAUAGAUCAGCAAGUUAUUGUCCACAGUUACUCAUGGUCUCAUGGAGUCAUAUCUGCAAAAAAGUUAAAUCAAGUAUUUACAUCUGUCACAGAUGUGCAAGGCAUGGACUUGUGGCCUUCCGAUGACUGCAACAGUGUCUUAUGUAUAUAUGGGCGAGGUUUUGAAGUAUUAUCCAUCUAAAAAACUGUUACAAGAAUUAUUUGCCUGAAAAAGACUUUUUACACAAAUAUUUGUACAAUAUUACCUUUAUUUAUUUAUUUUUUUAAUUUCAAAGCAUUAUAUAACAAAUAUAAAUCUCUAAGGAAUCACAUUAUGUAUAAUGCUAAUAAUAGAAUUGCAACGGAAUGAUAGCUGAAUUGUACAAAGCAUAGAGUUUCAAAAACAAAACACGAAUUGUAUAAUUUGUACGUAUUAUACGUAUUAUAUUGUACGUACUAUAAAUAAAAAUUUCAAAAUAAAUAAAA